GCAUGUUGAACAAGCCUUGCACUUUAACACUGUUUUACGAGCACAAUAAUGCAAAACUCAGCUUGGAAGCUCAGGUGUGCAGCAUUCUGCUUCAUGGUCUUAUGCAUCACUGGAGUCCACCUCAGGCCCCUGGGAGAAAAUGAGAAAAUACUGCAACUGGAGGCAGUAAAAAAAGAAAUCUUGGAACGCUUAGGUCUGCACAGUCCCCCGGUCAUCAAGGAAAAAAUGGACCAAGAGGAAAUCCGCAAAAUGCACUGGCUCUACCAGGAGAAGUUAAGGGAGCUCAAGGGAAACAUUAGCAAAGACGAAAUUCCAGAGAGGAUAGUGCAUCUGCUAACACCCAAAUUGGAACGUAAGACGAAGAUGACAAAAAAAUGUGAGCAAGAAAGUCAUAAAAGUCAUAGAAGUCAUAGAUACAACCUAGUGUUUUCCAGGACUCAAAUGUUUCAUCAGGAGCUUAGUGUCAUGAGAGCUGAGCUUAAACUGUGCAAGGACAUUCUGGCUGCUCUGAGAGCCACGGGAGGUAAUUCAACAUCUCAAACAAUGGUACACAUCUAUAAAGUGGUAGACUCUAGCAGAAGUGAUGGAAAACAAGAACAUAAAUUACUUGAUUCUAAACCUCUUGACAAAGAAACUAUCUCUCUAAAUGUAGGAUCUGCUGUCCAGCAGUGGGUGGCAAGUUCUGAGAAAUGUCUCCGAUUGGAGUUGGUGAUUCCACUGGCUAUUCCUUUUGCUAGUGAUGGCAGGCAACAAAACGGAGAAGACAAUGCCCUUGUUUUAGAAGUAGAGACGGAAGAGAAAAUGCACUCUAAAACAAGAAAGGCCAGAUCAAUUUCCACGGAUCAGGAAGAGUGUAAAAAGAGUGAGAAGAAAUGUUGUCGCAAGUCCCUGGUGGUGUCCUUUGAGCAGAUCGGUUGGAAAGACUGGGUUAUUGCACCUGAAACUUACACAAUGCAUUUUUGUGAUGGGUCAUGCCCACACAACUAUAAACCAGCUAGCAUGCAUGCUCAAAUAAAAUACAGGAUGCACCACAUAUCUAAUGGUGAUACUCCAGCUCCUUGUUGUGUUCCAGCAAGUUAUGAGCCUAUGGUACUCAUGCAUUUUAACAAAGAUGGCAAACUGAUAUUUACCUCAUUUGAAGACAUGAUUGUUAGAAAGUGCCAUUGUGCCUAACAAAAUGUCUAGGAAUCAAGCAGACUUAUUGAUGAUGUGUGGAGCAUAUAAGAAUUGGUCCAGGUCACUGAAACAACAUCCCAGGGAGGAUCUCAGUAAAUGGGAAGUCUUGUUUCUUUCUAACGCCAGUUCAAACUUGCUUAAGACAACUCAACAACAAAAGCAGAAGUGUUUUGUUACAACUGGUUUCCAUACAUGCAUAUACAGGUGGGAUUUAUAAUGCCUUACAAAAUCAACUUUAUAAACAAGGAUAAAAAAUUAAUUGUCUGUCAAAUAUACAAUAUACUUUUUUUGGUUGAAAGUUUUGACAACGGACUUAAACCUAUAGCUGCCUAGACUGUAUUAUAUAAUAACACAAUAAGACAUUGUAAAAAUCCCUCACAAAACUAUGACAUUUUUUUGUAAACGUAUGAUUCAUUGCUUGAAUAGUAUAAGCAAUUGUGCAAAUGGUAAAUUGGAUAAGAUUGUGGCCUAUGCCUUCGUUUAUAACAAAAGUAACAUAAUACAUCAAGUGGGA